AUGAGACUCCUCAAUACCAGGACCUUGCAGCUUGAGACGUUUGGCGCCAGCCCUGAAAAGUACGCCAUCCUGUCGCAUACGUGGGGUAGCGAGGAGGUGCUGUUCGACGACAUCCAGAGCCAGGCGCGCAUGAACGAGAUUCGCCAGAAGAAUGGCCAAGGAUACCGCAAGAUCUCUCAGGCCUGCGAGAAGGCUCUCGACCGCGGCUAUGACCACAUCUGGAUCGACACAUGCUGCAUCGACAAGUCCAGCAGCGCUGAGCUCUCAGAGGCCCUCAACUCCAUGUUUCGCUGGUACAAGGAGGCUUCAGUGUGCUUUGCCUACCUCUCGGACGUUUCUCCUCAACCCUCGGGGGUGGUCGCAUCCCUCAAACAGAGCCGCUGGUUCACACGCGGCUGGACACUCCAGGAGCUGCUGGCCCCAGACGAGGUUGAGUUUGUCGACCAGAACUGGUCACCCCUUGGCGAGCGACAUUCGCUGGCCUCGACAAUCAGCGAGAUCACAGGAAUCGAGGAGUCAUUUCUAUUACAGCCUGACCCAAAGAAGGAUCGCAAAAUAACGACACUACUGCAGCGCGAAAACGUGGCCACAAGGAUGGGCUGGAUGGCGCAUAGGGAGACGACCAGACCCGAGGACAUGGCGUAUUCACUGAUGGGCAUUUUUGGCAUAAACAUGCCUAUUCUGUAUGGAGAAGGCAACAAGGCUUUUCUCCGGCUGCAGGAAGAGGUGCUCAAGAAGUCGGGCGACCAGUCCAUCCUGGUGUGGAGGUGGCCCCUGUCGCAGAAGCCUGAGGAGACGCUGCACCGGAUGCACUUUUUGGCAGAUAGCCCGGCCAACUUCAACCUCCGCACGUACGCAGGACAGGAGGACUCGGAGCGCUUUGGAAUAAGACUGACGGAUCAAGGACUCGUGCUGCGCAUCUGGAAGUGCCCGUGCAAGGUGACGCGAUGGAACUGGAACAAGAAGGAGCUCAGAGACGUCGGUGAGCGGUGGUUAGCCGUCCUCGACUGCAGUUUAUCGCCUGAUACGCUGUCGCGCCCGGCCAUUGUGCUGCGUGAGAGCCCGUACGCUGAGAACGUAUACCGGAGAGACCCCAUGAGCGUCAUCAUGGUGAUAGAGCACGACCGUAAAAAGUCGGGGUAUCUGGAUACAGGAGAUUUAAUACAUUCCAUAGAGUACAAGCCCGAGUUCAAGAUGGAGACGAUUCUGCUCGAGUCAGAGUCAGCAGAGCCAGAGCUUCGCCUUAGAGGGAGCUUCCCGUUCAAGGUCAACCUGAUGCUCAAGGAUCGUGAGCUCAAGCAACGAGCGGCAUACACGGGGUCCCAACGAUACGUGGUGUCUGGACAGUUAGCAGAGAAGCCGACGCAGAACCCUAUUUACGGAGUCUUGUUCUUCGGUGAUGAUGACACGGGCACGGAGCUGGUGGUGUGGUGGGGCUUGAUAGAGGAGGGGACGGCCAUGUACCACGUACACAGCCGGGUCAACGGACCCCGACUCUGGAGCAACAGCAUCCCCGUGUGCUUUGCCCAGUCGUGGAAGAACCUCACGGGCUCGGAGGAGUUUGACGCAAGCCUGGCCGAGUCGCUGGCGGUCAACAUGCUGUGCGAGGAGUUCCCGCUGCCGUGGUCAGGGACGGAGCGGCCGUCGGUGGUGGAGGUGGAGGACGGGCUGAACCUGCAGAGCGCGCUCAACGACAGCAAACCGAUGGCGGCGGAGACGGUCAUCGAGCUGUUUACGCAGUGCGCGCAGCCCGUGAUAGAGUGCAUCGGCUGGGGCAUGCGGUUGAAGGCGUCGAUGCGGAGCGUCGAGUUCCUGGGGCGGAUGUGCUGCGAGAUGGACAUUGAGGAGAAGAAUCCAAACGUUGAGGUGAUGUGA